AAUUUUCUGCUCAGUAUUCGUGCCGAUCGUGAAAUAUAUACUGACCAUAGUAUUAUUUCAAAAAAGAAAAAAAAUGCGUGUAAUAUGUUCUGUUAUUUUGUCCUGCAUUUCAUUGUGGAUUUCAUCUAUUGAAGCUGCUAGAUGGUCCGACUGGCAGGAGUUAACAAAAUGUAACGCCAAGCCCUGUAACUGUAAUGUUACAGAAUCAAAAAGGACAAAAUGCGAACAGGGAGAAAUAAUAAAGUUGCGAUUUUGCAUCCAUGAGGAAGGAGAUACGCAGGGUUGUCAAUGGGACAAAGAAGGUGGAGCCAUGAAGAGAGAGAAAUGCAUGAAUAAUGGUAAAAAUUGUCCAGGGUGGUCCGACUGGCAGCUUGGAAAGUGUGACUGUGAAUCCAAUUUUAGACUUAUUAAACGAGAGUGUAACAACCCCCCACCUAUACACAAUGACGUUCUUUGUAAAAAUGACGCUAAAGAAGAUGCGAUGAAAGAAGAACAAACUAGUCCCUGCAAUUGCACAGAAGAAGAAAUGGCUACAACAACUACAACAACAACAACAGCACCGACAACAACAACGGGAUCAUCGACAACGCCUCUUCCGUGUUGUAAGGAAGAAAACAAAGGUAAUGAUAAUGAAAAUAAUGGUAAUGUGGUGUUAGGAGAUUCUGCAACAGAAGCAACAACAACAACAACAAAGAAGCCAUCUCAAGUGGACCUCGACUACUAUGCUAUGUAUGAUGACUUGCUUCAGGAGAAUCCUAACUGUCGAAAUUGUAGUUCAGCAGAAAAAGAAGCAGACAAUGACUACGUGCACUACUUGUAUUACGAUGAAGACGGCGGAGACCAAGGAGACGGUGGAGACGGCGAAGACAGUUAUUUUGGAGAUUUAUGAAGCCGUCUUUAAUAAUACUUUAGUAUUAUUGACAAAAUUAAUUACGAUGACAUGUUAUGACUGAGAUUGUCAAAUAGGAACAUCAUAAAAUUUGAUGAUAGUGAAUAUUUUUAAUACUAAUCUAUAAUCACACUAAAUGUCAUUUAUGAACAUGUCAAUUGACAAAACUUUUCAUCAGUUUUAGAGAAAAACUUCAUGUCGCUUAUUUUGGUCGAACUAAUUACAUGGAUACACGAAUCAGAUGAUUUUACACGUGGUAUCUGAUUGGAAAAAUAUAUGAUUUUAAAAAGAUUACUGCAAUAAAAAAUUAAUUGUAUAAGACAUAAAUGCAUUAUAUUAUAUUUUGACAAUGAUAGUGUAUUACUGAAAAAUGCCUUUUUUUCAUAUUUGCAUCUGUUAUCUUCUAUUUUUGUUGAAAAGAGCAUGGACAUUUUGUUACAUGGACAUGCGUUUGAAUAUUAAGGUGUCCAUACCAUGUUUAAUACUUGAUUAACGUCAGUUUUACACUUUUGAUGUUAUACCUAUGUUCAGAAAGAAUGUCUGAAACCGCACUGUUAAUUUUGUACAGGUGUCCUUUACAUCUCACCUAUGUUGUCAAUUUUACUGUUCCUUAUAGUGAAUUAAUAAAGUAGGUCAUAUCAUAAUUCUAUUUGGAAAAUGGCUCACAUUUUAUUACUAACAGCUACAUGUAUGUCUGAGAAGGAUAUUACACAAUUAGACCUACA